AUAGUUAUCCUGAAAUCUCUCUUCAAGAGGUAUUGUCCUUGUAAGGCACAUAUCAAAUUUAUUUAUAAUUCAUAGAAGGGCAUCAUUUUGGUAUCAUUGCAUUGCAUUUCCCAUCACAGCUUCAGCAAAUCGCGCUGUUGGCGAGCCAUCCAAAAUGCUUCCCUUUGAAUCAAUCACGCACCAAAUCCAAAAAGGCUCAAAUAAUACUGGGGAUCAGUCUAGACAGGCAGCAUCAAAUUCCAACCAAAGAGAAGACGCUCCGCCAUCUUAUUCUUGCGCGACUACCCACAGACUUCCAACAAAUUUCAUCUUCGCGGGCCCACAAGCGUACGGAGACAGCGACGAUAGCCAGGUUGACAUGGCGGCCCCUAUAACCCUGAAAAUCGACAUGUCCACCAGAAUCAUGGGCCAUGGAAAUUUGAUUGCCGUACCAAAUGUUGACCCUCAAACGACCAGCACGCGUGUGGCUGCUGGGAUGUUGGCCGCAUUGCGACAAAUGUCCGCUCUGAGCGCAUUUGAGACGGAGGACGGGCGAUCAAGACCUGUCGAGAUCAGCAUACUAUCAGGGAUCAACGUUACUGGAAGCAACAAUGUUUUUGGUGUCGCAAAGCCCAAAGCUCGAGAGACAGUACAUAAUAACGGGGGACGAGACAAUGAGCCGAAUGCACAGCAAGCUGCGCGAAAGAGGAAAGCAGAGUCGGAGCCCCCAGAGUCACGACCAUCAAAGAUCUAGAGCACCGGUAGCGCCGAGGAGAUUUCCAGAGGUCUCGCAUUUUCCUUUCUAGGGCUCUCAUUUUGCAGGCGUUAUAAGAUGUUUUGACGCUCUAUCUCGCUGCUAAGGAUCGCAUUCCAUUUAACCAACUGUUGUCGACAUUGGGAGACGUUUGAAUCAUCUGCGUUUUAAUAUGCGCAUCAGAACGCUGUGAUGUUUGAGGAAUAAAUUGCAUGUAGCAUGGCCAGGGCCCCGAUAGCAUUUUAAACCCACGAAUAUAGGUAGAGCUGGAGAUUCCGUAAGAAAUAAGAAGAAACAAGAAAUGAAAUUCCUCUG